AGACAGUCCUGUCCUGUUCUUCUGAUGACUGUCUGAAAGUCUCCAUCGAUCGUCCCAGCGUCUCCGUCCACAGCUGCACUAUGGGUGUAUGAUGUCUGAGAGCAGCUGCCAUGGCCUGCAGCAGCGGACAGACCAAUGCCGAAACUCUGGAGGGGUUUCAUGAGGUGAACUUGGCCUCACCCACCACACCUGACCUUCAGAACCAAGCUGAGCAGCGCCCCCCCGCCCGACAUAGUGCCCCGCCCACCUCUCUGUACCGCACCCACUCUCUGGGAGCGCACCCCAGUGGCCGCCCCACCUCACUGCGGGCAGACCAGCUCCCCACGCAGCCGGUGUACUCCACGCCACGGCACAGCCACAAUGGAAGUGUGCCCGGCCAGGAGGCGGAGUCAACCGAAGGUAACUUCCUGUCUGCGGAGGAUGGCGAUGAGUGCAGCGCUUUGAGCGACAGCCUGUCGCGGCUGCGCAGCCCAUCGGUGAUGGAGGUCCGAGAGAAAGGAAGCGAGAAGCUGAAGGAGGAGCUGGCAAAGGCCCAGAGGGAGCUGCUGUUAAAGGAUGAGGAGUGUGAGAGGUUGUCUAAAGUCAGAGACCAGCUCGGCCAGGAGCUGGAGGAGCUCACCGCCAGUCUCUUCCAGGAAGCCCACAAAAUGGUCAGAGAAGCCAACGUCAAACAGGCAAAUGCUGAAAAACAGCUGAAAGAAGCCCUGGGAAAGAUUGACGUCCUCCAGGCGGAGGUCCAGGCCCUGAAGACCCUGGUCCUCUCCUCCCCCACCUCCCCGCUUGGUGAACUGCCCUCUGCAGGAGCCGGGGGGAAGACCCCCUUCAGAAAGGGCCACAGCAGGAACAAGAGCACCUCCUCAGCCAUCAUGGGGACGCAGCCUGACCCGUCGGCCACGCAGCCCAUCGUACGGGAGUGUAGAGAGGUGGACAGUCAGCUGUUCAGCGACUUUAAGGCGUGGAAGGAGGAGCCGACACUGGACCGGGGCUGCUGCUUCCUGGAGAGAGUUUACCGCGAGGACAUCUACCCCUGCCUCACUUUCAGCAAGAGUGAGCUCGGUUCGGCCAUCUUGGAAGCUGUGGAGCAGAACACGCUCAGUGUGGAGCCGGUCGGUUUCCAGCCGCUGCCGGUGGUCAAAGCCUCUGCGGUGGAGUGUGGAGGACCUAAAAAAUGUGCCCUGAGCGGUCAGACCAAAACCUGUAAGCACAGAAUCAAGUUUGGAGAUUCGUCCAACUAUUACUACGUGUCUCCGUAUUGUAGAUAUAGAGUGAGUGUACACACACACACACACACAUGUGUAGCAGAGCAGAUAUUCUGGGAGGUGAUGCAGCUACGGAGGGAAAUGUCCUUCGCCAAGCUCGGCUACUACAAAGACCAGCUGUGACAGAUGGACAGCCCCGCCCUCCAAUCACAGCCAACUGCGCCCCGAAUCCCCGUCCCCCUACCUGAUCCUAGUUUUCCUCAUCCUGUCAUCCCCCUCCCUCCUGUCCUCCCUCCCUCCUUUGUGUGAGUGGGUUUUUGUGUGUGAAAGAGAAUAACUGUGGUUGUUUUCAAUCACCAUAAAAAAAAAAAAAGUCAGUGGUCUGUUGUUGUUACCGAUCUGGAGUUUUUAUGGGUUUCGGUUGAGAAUCCAAAAUAUUUUUCUUUUAUUGAAACAUGUAACACUCCCAUUAUGUGAAUUAUUAUUAAUUAUUAUUAAUUGGCUUUCUCUCUCCCCCCCCAAAAAAUAAACAUACAAAAAAACAUGAAUUGUUACAUCAGAGUUUAACAAGGCAGAAAUAAGUCAUUUGAAUUCUUCAGUUACAAAUAGAGACUUUCUGGACAUAUGAUGGAGAAUUAGAGCCACUCUACUGAGAUUUAGAAGAUAUCAUUUAAAUAUUUAGAAAUAAGUUGUCGUGUUGGGAGAGUAAAGUCAGAAAACAAUAAUGUAUCGAACAUUUAAAUUUUGAUAACAGUUUCGAACAUUACUUAAACAACCUAAAAUAUUACAAAAUACUACUAAAUAUUACAACUACUCUAGAAAUCCCGGAUAUAUUUUCCAAACUGUUGCUCCGUCGUAGUGACACAAGUAACUAAAACCUGUGAAGUCGACCAUGCUGAAAUACAAAACACACCCAGCCGUUUAAAUGACCAAACAUGACACAGUUAUUGUGUAACUGUAUAAGUUUAUUUUGAAUUUAUGUUGUAGAAAUGUAAAAGGCAGUAUGUGAAAUGUAAAGAAAUACAUGCAAAGAUAAUCAGAAGAUCACCCAUUCAGACUGGAUAGGAAUACUUACAGCUGGAAUUACCUACUGUUGCUUGUCCGCCUCAUAAUUGAAUUAAAUAAUUUAAUUGUAAUGUUGCUUUGCCUCCCCUUUAAGUCUCUGCCACCCACAUGUGGAGGCUUUUGGUGCACUACUGCUGAAUGUCCACCUCUAUUCAUAGAGACCCUAUCCUGUAUUUUACAGAUCAACAAACAACUAAUUAAAUUACAAAAGAGCACAGUGAAUAAUUCCCCACCUCCCCUGUGUUGUUUAUCCUGUCUGAGUGGGGCUUAAAAAGUCUUUUCCAACAUUAGAAAGUUUGUCUCUGUAUGACAAAAAAUGUUAUUUAUAAUUUCUUUUAUAGUUUGUUCUUUAGUUUUGGCUAAAGCUUCAGGAGGAAAAAUGAAAUGUACAUGUCGUGCUGUUAAACACUACGUGAUGUUGGGUCUUCUUUUACACAUGCUGACAAAUUUGUGUGGGAAUUUUCAUUCAACGCCUCCUGGUGUUUUCAGCCUGCUGUAUUUAUUAAUCAGUCAGGAAAUGUGUAGUUAAUAAGCUAUGUGUGUGUGUGUGUGGGGACACUGAGUGGGUUUGUAUGCCUGGUGUUGUGUAAACUUUAUACGUGUUAAUUUAAACCUGAUUCCUCUGCAUCUCUCUCUCUGUCAUUCAUAGUCAUCGUCACUUUCCCGGUUUGGUUUAGUGCCUUUUCUCUCAGACACUCUGAAAUAAAAACAGUAAUACCUCUGGAAA